UGGCUUCGACGGACUUCCCCCCUUUUCAAAGGGUAAGUACUGUGGCAGUCCUGACUCCUGUGAGUGUGAGUGUGAGUGUGAUGAGAUGAGACCCAUCCCGACGGGUCACGGUGGCAAUCGUCCAUCAGAGUUCAGGCGCACGCAGGAGAAAAAAAAAAUAAAAAGGAGACCUCCGAGCGGAUCUUCGGGGUCUUGUCUUCCCGCUUUGGGUAUCGUUGAGGCAGCAGCCCAGCAUCCCAGCAGCCACUUUGACCCUCGACGUCAUGCACGGUUCAUCCGGUUCUUUGUCGAUCCGGUCGGAUUCCCUGCAUUCGGGUUCGACAAUGGGGGACUGCGAUGGAGUACCGUACUGUUAGGUUCCCUGUGCCAGCCUGCCAGUAUGGAUGGGUCUCUAGCCUCGGCACUUAAGGGACUGCUGCGUCUGCGCUGCGACUCAGGGACUUACUUCUCUUUGCGCAAUCCCGAACAUACUACGGAGUACUACAUAAGUCGUACGGAGGAUCCCGGAUACGCUGGGUUUGGUUCCUCAGUCCCUCCAUGUUCCACAUGGCAAUCUACCUGACGUAGUCGAUUAAGUACUCCGUACUCCGUACUACUUGCGCAAAUGCAAUCUGAGGACUACUAUUCACUAGAUAGAUAGUAGUAGUAAGGAGUCGCACUCCCUCCC